GGCUUAUUUAUUAUAAUAUUCAGUUAUGAGGUAAUUGUAACCUUUUUAUCAAUUUUAGGAACCGCUAGAAAAGAAUUGUACGAAAAGUGAAUUUUUAUUUCAUAUGUCGAGACCAAUUGAUAUAAAUGCUAAAAUUGAUAGAUGCGCAUAUUAUCCAGGUGAAGUUGUGACCAUUGUGUGCAAUGUUAGUAACAAAUCAUCCGUAGGAGUGAUACCACGAGUGACUUUGAGACAAAUACAGACUUUUAAACAAUUAAUGGCCGCAAAGAAUAAUGAAAAGACAGUCCGAAGACAAACGACACAUGCGGUCAAAAAACAAAGAUUGGAGGGAUCACUAACGGAACCGGGACUCAGCACUACUCAUAUAUUUCACGUGGAGAUUCCCAUUGAUAUUCCUAUAUCAGUGGACUGUCCUAUUCUAACGGUUUCAUAUGACUUGCAUCUAACUGUUGACAUCCCAUCAGCCAUUGAUCUACACUUGGAUCUACCCAUUAUGAUCACCACUAAAAAUGUUGUCAAUCAGUAUAAGCCAUAUAACUCUGAAUAUAAAAUGACAUAG